GAGAUAGUGUGGGUGUUUUUUUUUGCUCCGGUGACAGCAAGUUCAGGCACGGUGUGUGACGGAGGAGUGGAGAGGAGGAGAGUGGAGAGGAGAAGAUAGGAGAGGAGUUGCCAAAGCACCUAGCACUCAGAACACAUAGAGGAGACUGCACAGAUCACCCAGGAAGACAGAGGUACACGCCAGCUUUAAAGACAUAAAAACAACAACAGAGAGCUACGUCGCGAAGGAGAGAGACAAAAGAAAGAGAAGAGAAGAGAAGAGAAGAAGAAGAGAAGAAGAAAAGAUGGUGAACGGAAAGAGUUCCGGAAAGAGUUCCGGAAAGAGUUCCGGAAAGAGUUCCGUCAGGGCCCCAAAGUUCCUGGACAAGAGUUCUGGGUUCUACGGUCGCCUGGACGAGCCCGAGAUGGGAGGAGAGGGGGAGGAGAGGCGGAGAGAAGGGGACUGCGGGGGAUCGUGCCCAGCCACAGAGCUCUCUACGGGGGGAGAGACGGACCAGGGAGAGCAUGGGGUGUUUGACUUUAACCAGGGAAUGAUGGAAGACGAUGACACCACUCUCCUCCGAAGGAAACCCAGCCGGCUUAGCUCCCGCUGGAGAAGAAGCUCCAGAAAGGCCCAACCCCAGGCGAUCUCCCCCAGGGAGGAGGACCCGAUCCUGGGUACGGAAAUGGAGGCCCCUGUCCUGGAGGUCACUGCGGUGGAAGUGAGGAGGAGCCGCUGGAGGAGGAGCACCAGGAAGAAACAGGAGGCUGAGCCCCAGACGGUCUCCCCCACGGAGGAAGGCCCGAUCCUGGGUAUGGAGAUGGAGAUGCAGACCCCUGUCCUGGAGGUCCUGGAGGUGGAGGUGAGGGUAGAGACUGAAGAAGGACAGAGGGAGAAAGAGAGGAGAAUGGAAGAGGAGAGGAUGCUGGUCCACUUUGCGAUCCGAGAAGAGGCGGAUGACCAGGUUCUGAUAAAGGACAAGAAGAGAGGGAGGGAAGAAGAAGAGGAGGAGGAGGAGAGGAAGAUGAAGGGACAGGAAGAGAUGAAGGUGAUGAGGAAGAGGAGCACGCUGAAGAACUACCGCAAGACUUUCGACCGAGUGUUCCGUCGAGGGUGGGAGACCUUCAUCACUAACCUGUACAGCGUGACGCUCACACCUGACUCAUCAUCAUCAUCAUCAUCACCAUCAAAGGAAAUGCACCAUGCCUCAGCAUUAGCAGAACACAGAUAGAAGGAUUCACAAACGGCACAAACCUGUUCAUCUAAUCUGUAAACUGCAAUUGUUCCAAUCAGAUUAUGUAACGCCCAUAUUGUAAUUUGAGAUUGAGGUUGGCUUGGACAGAGUGUUCCAUUUGUGUUCUCAACUCAACGCAAAUGACCUGUGUUCACCUCCAAUGUAUGGCUCGAUUGAUCAAUCAAUCAGUGAUAUUGAUCUAGUACAUACUGGUUUAUCAGUGAUCAAUAUGAACAGCACCUGAUUAACACCAGGAAGUACACCCCGUUCAACUCAGUCUUAUUCUGAAUUCCAAAUGGCACACUAUUGUACUAGUGACUAAAUAGGGAAUGGGGUGCCAUUUGGGUUUAAUACUUCCUCACAGGGUGAGGUUCAACCUCUCUGGAGGACUAUCUGUAGGAUGGUUUCAGUGUUGCACAACCUGAAGGAUAUGUUUGAGAGGUGUGACUGUGAACUCCUUGACGACCAUGUGUGUAUGAGAGAGAGAGAGAGAGAGAGAGAGAGAGAGAGAGAGAGAGAGAGAGAGAGAGAGAGAGAGAGAGA